AUGUCCGACGGCUUGGAUCUGGACCAGCUCCAGGCUCAGCUCGAACUCAAGCGUUCGGCGCUCGCCGACAGCAUCCUCGCCAAGCUGCCUGGCUUGAGCGCAUCCGGAUCCGCCGAAUCGACCAAGCAGUCCGCUGCUGCAGCAUCAUCUUCGAGGCCACGCCAGGCGAAUCUCGGCGUGGGAGCCACGCCCAAAACAUCCGACGCGCCCGAUGCGAAUGGCAAGCCAAACAGUGCGGCUGAUCUGCGACUCAAGGGUGCGCUGACGGCCAAGCGCAAACGCUGGCAAGACGAGCCGGCCUCUCGCGGUGGAGAUGGCUCCGAUUCGGACGCGGAGGAUGUCAGCAGAGCCGAUGCCAUCACGGCGAGCAAGAAGGCCAAGCAGCAGAGCGGUGGCAGUGCCACUUUGACUGCCAAACCUGCCAAGAAGGAUCCGUUCGCGAGCACGGGCAUCGAAGCACAGAGGGCGGCGCAGAACCAGCCGCGCAUCGUCGUCGUAGAUGGAGAGGAGGUGGACCUCAGCAAGCUGUCCAAGACGCAGCGCAAGAAGAUCAACAAGCAGCUCAAGGCGCAGCAGCAAUCCAACGACGACAACAGCGCUCCUGCUGCCACGUUCAAAGCGCCAGCAACGUCGGCCAAGCAACAGAAGCACAGCGAGUCGCAAUCGCCUUCGACGCCCAAGCCAGCGGUCAAGCAGAGCCCCGCGAGUCCCGCAGGCGGGGCACUCACCGCACUGCAGGCGCAGAUGCUUUCGAAGCUCUCCGGUUCUCGCUUCCGGACGAUCAACGAGAAGCUGUACACGACGGCGUCGGACGAGGCGGUGCGCAUGAUCGAUGCGUCGCCCGUCAUGUUCGACGAGUACCACCAAGGAUUCCGCGAGCAGGUGCGCUCGUGGCCCAAGAACCCGCUCGAUCGCAUCGUCGACAUGUUCGACCCCGCCUCCGCGGCCAGCGUCACCAAGGGGAGUAAGGCGAAAGCAAAGUCGACGGCGAGCGCGGCCGUGUCGAAAUUCACAAAGCAGAGCAAGGCGCGCUUCACGCCCGGCGCGUUGGUCGUCGACCUGGGUGCCGGCGAGGGCGGCUUGGCCAAGAAGCUGGUGCCCAGGGGUGUGAAGGUGCUGUGCUACGACCUGCUCACCACCAAGGACGGCUGGGUGAGGAAGCAGGAUACGGCUGCCAUUGGCGGGCUGCCCCUGCCGGGGUACUUUGACCAAGACGAUCCGCUGGGGCUGCAAGCAAUCCCGCAAGAUGCCGCACCCGGGGUGGCGGAUGUGGCCGUCUUCUGCCUCAGCCUCAUGGGCACCAACUGGAUCCACAUGUUGCUCGAGGCCAAGCGCGUGCUGCGAGUCGGUGGCGAGCUGAUCGUCGCCGAGGUCUCGAGUCGGUUCGAUGGCUUUGAGGCGUUUGUCGACGUCGUUCAGAUGCUCGGCUUUGGCCUCGAACACAAGGACGCUUCCAAUACGCACUUUGUGCUGUUCGAGUUUACGCGCCUCGGCCACGCCGCACACGCUGCUGCGCUGCGCAACACGGAUGCGCCCGCGCUCGACCCGCACACGGCCACGCUCGACCAGCUCGCAAGCCAUGGCAAGCAGCUGCUCAAGCCGUGCAUCUACAAGCGUCGCUGA